AUGGUUUUAAAACUUGGUAUAAAUGGAUUUGGGCGAAUUGGAAGAGUUAUAUUUAGAACCUGUUUGGAAAGAUCUGAUUUUGAAGUGGUGGCUAUUAAUGAUCCUGCUAUAAAUACAGAAUAUAUUUGUUAUCUAAUUAAAUUUGAUUCUACACAUGGAAAAUUCUCAGGAACCGUGUCGUAUUACAACAACGAAAUAAUUAUUGAUGGUAAAAAGAUCAGGGUUUUUCAUGAAAAAUUACCGGUGAAUAUUCCAUGGUCCAGUGUUGGCACACAGUAUGUUGUUGAGGCAUCUGGAAUGUUUACAAACUUAGAAAAAGCUUCGGGGCACCUAAAAUGUGUUGGUGUGACACGUGUGAUUGUAACUGCCCCAAGCGUCGACAUACCCAUGUUGGUGGUAGGAGUCAAUGAAGAUAUGAUUGUUAUUGACCAAAAGGUAAUUUCCUGUGCGUCGAGCACAUUGUAUUGUUUGGCGCCAAUAGUAAAAAUAUUAGAAGACAACUUUGGUGUAUUGGAAGGGUUUAUAACGAGCAUUCAUGCUAUGACGCCAUCUUUAAAACCUUUGGAUGGGCUGUGUUUGCGAGGAAAGCACUGGCGAGAUCACAGAAGUAUUCACCAAAAUAUAAUUCCAGCUGCCACAGGAGCUUGUAAAGCUCUAAACAAAAUCAUCCCACAGGUUAAAGACAAAAUGUCUGGUCUUGCCUUUAGAGUACCUAUCGUGAACGUAUCUGUUCUGGAUAUAUCUAUAAGAUUGAAAACGGAAACUUCUUUGGAAGAGAUCAUCCAAUGUGUCCAAAAGUAUAGCCAUCAGAAUAUGAAAAACAUAAUCACAAUUUCAAACGACGAAUCGGUAUCCUCCGAUUUUCUUGGCGAAGACCAUUCGUGCAUACUAGAUACGAGUUCUAGUAUACAAUUAUCACCGAAUUUCUAUAAGUUAGUGUGUUGGUAUGAAAAUGAGCACUCAUAUGCAUGUCGUAUUAUAGACAUCAUACAUUUUUCGGAAAAACAAUAUUUAACGACACCUUUGUCAAGGCUUAAUCACACACAAUCCACCUCUUCAAGAGGAACCACAACCGAGAGUAUUAAUAGCAUGUUUAUCCCUAGACAUUAUCGUUUCGAAGUUUAUCCAAACAUGGUUUGUAGCGCAUCCCAAGAUACUGGUUUCAGAAUGAAAUUGCCACUCCGUUCUCCUUUAACAAAAAAUACGUUGACUAUUCGCAAUUCUCCCACGAAUGAGACGACAUUAAACCGCGUUAUCAAUAAAACAAACGAAAUAUUUAAAGUAUGGAAUGACAUUGAGGUCAAUAAAAAUCCACUGCCCCGAAAUACAAGUUCAUUUUUUCAAAGCUGCAUGGCAUUAGCACCUGGCCACGUAGAGCGUAGUAAAUACCAAAAUAAUAGGGAACACUUGAAAAAAGUUAAAGAAGAAUUUUCUAAAAUGGUCACAAUGACAGAAGAUUUAUUAAAAAAAUCAAGUCACAGCACGAAUAAAAUGGAAGACACUGUAGAGGCAAUACCAGAAAAAAUAUUAUCCGAAAAUCACAUUAUGAAAGAAGAUAAAAAAGAGAUAGAUGUAAAAGAAGUCGACAACGCACAAGAAAUUAACCCAAUGGGAGGUGAUUUUAAUAAAGUAAAUAGAGUUACAAGGGCAAUUGACCAAAAUGAUGUGCAAAUGGAUCCGUAUAACAAAAACCCAGUUAAUAUAUUAAAACCAAUUAAAGCAGGCGAUUUCUGCGAAAAGAUGCCAUACGAGACUAUUUUGCUUCCAAACCAUACGCAAAAUACUGUGGCGCAUUCGCUUUAUAGAAAACCGGCUAUAUGCAGCUCACUAACGGAACCAAUGAAAAAUGAAGUACCGAAUAGUCUAAAAAUAUCAGAAGAGCCUUGCCUUAAACCGAUAAAUAGUAAUAUGAAUAAAAAGGAAUGUGAUAAAAUCUCGUUUACAGAUAUUGGACACAAUGCAACUCAUGAGGACACACAAAAAAAUCAAAUAAGUCAUUCGAAUGCGAGCAAUGGUAAAAAUUACAAAAGCUAUAUCAUAAGCGUGGAAUGUAACUCACAAUCUGAACCCACUAACACUCUAGCUAAAGAGAAUCGUUGUGAGGUUGGCGACAGUUCCGAUAGACAGAUCUCUAAAGAUGAUAUUAAUGAAGCAAGCAUUAUAUCUCAUACGACACCUGAAAAUGAUAGACAAACAAAACAAAACACCUUGGAGUGUGUUUUACGUAAAUACACUACGAACAAUGCUAUUAUACAAGAGAAUGCCUCGAGUUCAAGAUUUGCAGGUCGUAAACAGGAUAUUUUUGAUAAAUUGGACAGCGCGAGUGCAACAGAUUCUGAAAAUUCUUUUGCCGAAAGAAAAUCUCAAAUCAUCAAUGUUACAGAUUUAACAAAUUCCAUUGAGGAUCUCGCUAGAUUAGAUAAAAUUUGUAGAAUAAUUGAAAUUUCAGAUGAAUUGUCAGAUAAAUUAUUUUCUACUUUAAAUGACCCUGAGUCUCCUGGCCUAGAAAAAAAGGCUUGGUCUUUCAAAGAUUUAUGUGAAAGACUGAAGCUGGAUGAAUUUUGCAAUAAAAUUUUUGGUCAGUGA